UAGGUCAUAAAAUCAUGUUUCGUGCGGGGGAACCAAAAUGGGAUCAAUCAACAAUGUCCGGGAGACUGAAGCACUUUCUUAAACAGGUUGAUCUGAGAUAUCUGUUCUACAGCCACUCCAAACUUGAAGACUGCACUAAAAUGAUAGAGGAACAUCAGCAAGGGUGUACGAAAUAUUCCAACAAAGAACUAUGGAAUGCUCAGUAUGCGGUGUUUGGUAGAAUACACCCUGAUACGAAGGAGGCGGUACCCCUCCCCUUCUCCAUGACAGGGUUCAGCCCAGCUAACAUCCCGAUAUGUGCUCUUAUGAUAAUGCCUGGAACUAGCCCGCUUGUGGCGUCUUUCUACCAAGUUGCCAAUCAAACUAUGAACGCAGGGUUCAACUACUGUAACCGCAACUCUAACAAUCCCACCGUGAUGAGUUUCAACUACUGUAACCGUAACGCCAGUAAGGAGACCACCACGACCCAGAUGGUGGGUGGGUAUGUGGGUGCAGUAACUCUGGCCCUCACUGUGGCAGCCACUCUUCGGAAGGCUAUCACCAACAAUCCCAGAUUAAGCGCACCGAUGAAAAGAACACUGGCCACUUUCUUACCGUUCCCAGCAGUUGUAUCAGCCAGCGUAUGCAACAUUGUGCUCAUGAGAAACGGAGAGUUUUUCAAUGGUGUGGAGGUGUUUAACGAGGACGGUACCAGUGCAGGGGUAUCCCACAAAGCAGCUCGUAACGCUAUCUUCACCACCGCUCUUACUCGCAUCGUCAUGCCGACUCCUAUCUUCUUCCUACCACCUGCUGGGAUCGCUAUUCUGGAGCGCACUACUAGCAUCUUUAAGAAGUUCCCAAAGACUCGUAUCCCGAUCACCGUUGCCCUGUCAACCCUAGGACUCUACCUUGGAAUACCGCUAGCAGUGGCGUGCUUCCCUCAAACCAGUAUCCUAGCUGUAGACAAGCUGGAGCCUACUUGUAACCCUACCGGGAGUUUUGUUUAUUACAACAAGGGUUUGUAACGCGUAACAAGGGUUUGUAACGCGUAACAAGGGUUUGUAACGCGAUGAUCUGAAACCCAAUUGUAAUUAUAGCUAGGGUUUGUAAUGUUUGAUCUUUAAAACUGUGUUUAUGAUAAUACCGGAGGUGCUAGGGAGACACACAUAUAUCACAGUUUCUACUGCAGCAUGGACCUUUUAAUUAACGAUUGUUUUUAACAUAAUGGGAGGUAUAGACUAUACAAACAUUUUAACUUGCAGCUCAUCUCUCAGCAAAGGGAAGUGUUAAGAUAUUCAGGGCACGUUUUGUACUGUCAUUUUGGCUUUUGUUAGAAUCUUCAUUUCUAUUGAUAUUUUGUUGAAGGAAAGGCUGAACUAAGGUGAUUAUGAAUAUAAUUCUUGAAGAAGCAUUCUAUGCACGGAUAUUGGUGAUAGCCCGUCCUCUACAAAAUACUAUAGCAUGAAGCGGGGGUUUUGCUCGUUUUAUGUUUAAGAAUAGAUACAUUUACAUAGUUUCCGGUUGUUAUUUUCCAGACUGCACGUUAUGGUCCUCACAGAGGUUUUAUUGUCUGUAUUAAACAUAAUUGUCUAUUGAUUUUUUGUGUCUAGUCUAAUCGAUUAAAAUGAUUUGAUUCUGCGAAAUAAAUAUUGUGAAUUUUUGCUUUUUUGAUUUUCCAAAUUACAUUGUAUCGGAGAAUAUAAUGUUUUAGAAAAGUAUACCUCGACUUUUAUUUAUACAUUAUGAAGACUUAACGCAAUUAUUUCUAGAUUCUUAGGUUUAUAUUAUAGAGUGAAUUAAUUAUAUUUCUAUAUUUGAUAGUACUAGUACUUAAUAAUCAAAUAUAUCCUGACAAGAUAGACAUUGCUCUAUUUAGAUUUAAUAAUUGUAUACGUUUUCUUGGGUUCUCUCUUUUUUUAAACUGCUUUUUCCGUUUUAUAAUUUCCUUAAGUUCAGACUCAUCACGGUUUUGAUGAUGCACCAUGUUUGUAUAAAGUAAGUUUUAGUCAAGUAAUUUUGAUUUAUUGUGACAUAUUAUUUAGAUGUUGUUCGAUUGUAAAUACUAUAACAUACAUCCGAUGCACGAAAAACUGCCCUGGAAUUGUUAUCUACGUACGCGUUUAAAAGUUAUCACACUUUAAGUUGGUUGAUAAAUUUGUUGGCGUUUCAUCGUCAAUGUUUUUACUUUUUGUAACUUUUAAUAACCGCAAUGAAGCGUUCAUAUCUCGAAAUCUAGGGCCAGCAUUUCGUGCGCCGGAUGUACUGCUUGAAUCAGUGUACUUGUAAUUUCAAUUAUUAAGAUUGGCUUCAAAUUUAUAAUAAAUUAUGUUC